UGACAGCUGAAAAAGUAAAAGUAUAAAAUACAAUUAUUAAGAUAACAGUUAGUCAAAUGCAUACAAUGGCCGAUAGCCCAUUCCAAAGAAGACGCAGCGGUUUACUACGUGGACCUCUCCACUCCACCGUCAACACUGGAUCGCUGUCGGUCACUUUGCUGCCCGAAGAACUAAGCAUUAGCGAAAAUACGAUGAUUUGUGACGAUGAUCUGGAUCGGGGUAUGGGAAAGACGGACGCGCUCUUCGCACAAUUUCUGGAGGUGCUUCACUCACACAAUAAUGAUACUGAGGUUUUUGACGUGGUAGAGGAACUAUCACAGUCUUGCCGUGCCGUUGUCGAGCAGCUGGAAAUUGAGAUUGACCGCGGCGUGGGCGGCGCUCACGGCACCAAGCAACGGGAGUUGAACAUUGGAUGGCUGAAGCAGGAGAUCAACACUUGGCGGCUGCUGCACUCGCUCUAUCACGAUCGUGUGCUGCAGGGAGACACAGCAGCUGAUGACGAAAUGCAGGGACCCACACCAGGUGGUAGCGAAAAGGAGGUGAUCGUGCAGUUGUAUGCCAUAAAUUCCACAUUACGGGAGUAUCAAGUAGUCGUUGACUGGUUGGAGAUGUGCUAUGAGCCGAAGGAGACUGCCAUUGCAGCACACUGUCACGAUCGCAUGAUGGCAUGGGAGAAUACGCUCUUCGAGCUCGAGAAACCAGAGGGGGCUGCCUUUGGACGUGGGCAUGAAAUUGUUAGACAAUUAGACCCUGAUGCGCCAGUGCGCGAGAAAAAGCCGUUGCAUGCCGAUGAUGAGGAAGACAACAAGCGUUUAGGACGUGGCAUUUUUUCAUUCAUACGCAAGGGCCGCGUCGAUGAUGCACUGAAGCUAUGUAAGCACUAUGGUCAGACUUGGCGCGCUUCUAUUCUAGAGGGUUGGCGGUUGCAUGAGGAUCCCAAUUAUGAUAACCAAGGCAUGGCGCCCGAAAAGAUGCCCAUUUUGGGUAAUCCCAGGCGGGAUGUUUGGAAGAGAUGUGCUUGGAUGAUGGCCGACUCAAAGAAAUAUGAUGAAUAUACUCGCGCCACAAUGGGCGUAUUCAGUGGCCAUCUUGGCUCACUUAAGGCGCUGCUCCAGAGUUCCUGGCAUGAUUUGCUCUGGGCCUAUAUUAAGGUGCAGAUCGACAUACGUGUAGAGAGCGAAAUUCGUGGUUGCUGCAUGAAACGGUAUCAUCAGCUGCCCGAUGAAUACUGGAAUGGGAAAAUGACGCUGGAGCAAAUUUUUGAUGAGCUCGAAGUGGCCAAGAAUGCUGCUGUUCGAGACUAUGCACAAAGCCAAAUGGGUGUAAUACAAAAACAUUUAAUUCUGGACACCUGUGGAGAAUUGCUGCAAUACAUGUGCCGUUGGGUGGACGUAGGCAAGGACUCAACAUUGCCGCCACAUCAGUUGCGUUUUAUGGCACACAUAGUGCUAUUUAUGCGCCAGAUCGGACGUGUGGAGCAGGAACAGUAUGCAGAGCGCAUUCUUGCUGCCUACGUGGAGGCGCUUAUCCAACGCAAGGAGCCACAAUUGAUUUCGUACUAUGCAGCGACGUUGUCCAAUAAGCUGCAAGUGCGUUUGUAUGCCAAGUUUUUGGAGCAGUUGGAUGAGACACGAGCGCGACAGGAGGCUCUGGAGGCAGCUUUGCAAAUGGGCUUGGAUGUGGAACAGAUCACACAAUGUGCCGUGGAGAGCAUACGUCUAAGCAACAGUCCAGAGAGCGCUGUUCCGCACGCUGGUGAAAUUUCAGUAGCGGACAGACGUAAGAUUCAGUCACUUGAGUUGCUGACACACCUGGUUGAGCAGCGUGGAGAACUGAUAUGGCAGGCCAAUGCCAUGAUGCGUCAUUUUUUGUCUGCCUCAAAGAUCGAGUGCAUGCGCGAAAUUACCAAUAUGAUGCCCUCCGAUGUGAUUGGCUCUUUGACAGCCGCCUUUGGGUCACCGGAGAAUCUACCGCUGCGUGAGGACUGCAGCUUAAAAGAGUAUUUGUGCUAUUCGGUGUACCUGACUGCUGUAGACAGAUUUAAUGAGUGGACACGUCUGCAGCAAUGCCGCCCAAAGCCCCCACAAUCAGAAAAAUCCAAUAAUUUCACCGAACGCAUAGCCACGGAGCACAAAGAGUUGAAUUAUCAGAGCGAUUUGACGCGCUGGGAGCACAAAGUCAAGGAGCUUUCAAAAGUAACCGUCGAUGCGCUCUACAACGUGCUGCUUUUUCCCCGCAAAGGCUGGCUAAUCGAUCCCUCCAUCGGCAGUGAACACGACAAUUCCGCCGAAUUGAAUUGGGAAAAUCGGCAGCUGCAAAUGGAAAAAUUACGUUCCAUUUGCCUGCCCGAAAUUGCACUGCUUCUCCACGAGGUAAUGUACAAGUCCGGCGACUACACAGGCUGUGUGCGACUGGCCGAUGAGAUUGCGGACGAGCGUCGUCAACUGUACAAAGUAUAUACGCAGCACAAAUUGGCCGAGUUGCUCUCGAAGAUUGCAGACGCCUCGCUUAAAUUGUUGAAUGAUAAAUUGGAUGCGUGGGGCUAUCCGUUUACAGCGUAACUUGCGGCAAAAAUAUAGCAAGGAUUAAACUGCAUUUAGUUUUUAAUUUUCA